UUAUAGUGAUAAAGGAGACGCUGAUUGGUGAGCGAGUGUUCGUUGAACGCCUACACACUUCUGUCCUGGUGAUAUGUAUAAAAGGGGAUCGUUGACCAUUGAAGACCACCACGACUCUGAAAAUCACGCCGAGGAAACCUCCACUACGUUUCACUCUUCCUUAAGAAGCCCUGCGUUUGAAGAGAGAAGACUAUGGCUGUGCUGAAGAUCUCCUCGCUCCUCGCCGUCUACGCUUUGGUAGCCUGCCAGAUGGAGAACGGCCAGGCAGUCCCGCUCAGAGCGGGCUUCGAGCCUGUCACCGACCGAGGCGCCCUGGGGGACUACGAAGCCCGGAGGUUACUCAACGCCCUGGUGAAGGAAUACGUCCAGAUGACAGCGGAAGAGCCGGACCAGGGCAGCGAAGGCAAGAGCUUGGAUAGACCCAUUUCCAAACGUUGUGCCAACCUGAGCACUUGUGUGUUGGGCAAACUGUCUCAAGAAUUGCACAAGUUGCAAACUUACCCUCGUACUGACGUCGGGGCUGGGACGCCUGGCAAGAAAAGGAAUGUGUUGAGUGAGCUGGAAAAUGAACGCUAUGCAAACUACGAGGAAGCCCUCGGAAGCAACUAGAUGGCCUCAGUUUCCUCUUUGAUUUUAUUUUCCUCUUUUGUUUCUUUCUUUUAGUUAACUUGAUGCAUGAUGUGGGUCUAACCUUCACUGCUAACUCUGCUGUGUUCUUUUAGAUCUGAAAUGCUUGGAGUAGAGCAAAGUCCAAGUUAAGAAAUUAAGGACAAAAUGUGCACACACCUUUGUAGGGAGUUGGGGAAAAGCAGAAGCCAAAUUCAAAAUUGAUCAGAAUAAGUGACAUUGUCUUGAAAUUUCAACUGUUUUUUAGAUUCUUAUUUUAUGAAUAACAAUAAAGCAUCAUUUUUUAUUUGAGGCUACUCAUUGUAAAAAAUGACAUAAAUAAAUGUUUCUUUCAUGCCUGAUCAUGCAACUGUUCAAUAAACCUAUUUUUCUAUAAGGAA